AUGGCCCAGUCAACAGACAGAAUGUCGCUGCAGAUGAUAACCACCAUCAGUAACUCAUCCUUGCUUCAGCCGGGCUUCUCUCUCCUGAAUUUUGAUGGGCAUGUUUUCUUUUUUGGUCAAAAAGGAUGGCCAAAGAGAUCCUGCCCCACUGGUGUUUUCCUUCUGGAUAUAAAGCAGAAUGAGCUCAAAAUGAAACCUGUCUUCUUCUCUAAAGACUCGUGUUACCUUCCCCCUCUCCGCUACCCUGCUCUUUGCACGCUCAGAAGAGAUGCAAGGGCUGAUGAGUACCAGUAUAUCAUCCAUGGUGGUAAAACACCUAACAAUGACCUUUCUGAUAAGAUUUACUUUAUAAGUUUGAUAAGCAAAACUAGCAAGAAAAUGACAUUCCAGUGCAUUGAGAAAGACCUGGGUGGAGAUGUGCCUGAAGCUAGAUAUGGGCAUACAAUUAAUGUGGUUUAUAGUCGGGGGAAAAGCAUGAGUGUUCUGUUUGGAGGGAGGUCGUAUACUCCUCUUGCACAGAGAACCACUGAAACAUGGAACAGUGUAGUCGACUGUUUGCCAUCUGUGUUUCUGAUUGAUUUUGAGUUUGGAUGCUGUACAUCAUACAUACUUCCAGAACUUCAAGAUGGACUUUCUUUCCAUGUUUCAAUUGCCAGAGAUGAUACAAUCUACAUCUUGGGAGGCCACUCACUUCAAAAUAACACCAGGUCCCCCAACUUGUACAAGCUAAAAAUUGACCUGCCCCUGGGCAGCCCGGCUGUGACCUGCACCAUCCUGCCAGGGGGGAUAUCAGUGUCAAGUGCUAUAGUGACCCAGAUCAGGGACAAUGAAUUUGUCCUUGUUGGUGGCUACCACUCAGACAGCCAGAAACGGCUGGCGUGUAACACCAUAGUUCUGGAAGAUAGUAAGAUAGAGAUUGUUGAAAGUGUGGGCCCAGAGUGGACACCAGAUAUUAAACACUGCAGAAUAUGGUUUGGCUGUGAUAUGGGUAAAGGGUCUGUUUUGCUGGGCAUUCCAGGGGCCAACAAACAAAUAAUCCCAGAUGCAAACUACUUCUACAUUUUGAGAUGCAAAGGAGCAGAAGAGGACAAGGAAGAAGAACUGAUAACACAAACUUGCAGUCAGACAUCAAGUGAAGACCCUGGAGACUCCACUCCAUUUGAAGAUUCGGAGGAGUUUUGUUUUAGUGCUGAAGCCAAUAGCUUUGAUGCUGGCGAUGCUGAUACUUACAAUGAAGAUGAUGAAGAAGAUGAAUCAGAAACAGGCUAUUGGAUCACCUGCUGUGCCAGUUGCAAUAUUGACAUCAACACCUGGGUCCCUUUCUAUUCGACAGAACUCAACAAGCCUGCAAUGAUCCUGUGCUCCAGCGGGGCUGGCCACUGGGUCCAUGCACAGUGUAUGGAUCUCUCAGAGACCAUGCUUCUACAUCUCUCAGAAGCAAAUGUCAAGUAUUUCUGCAAUGAGCAUGUUGACCUCAAUAAAGGCCUACAAACUCCCCAAAAGGUGAUGUGCCUGAAAAAGCCACCCAUGAAACCAUUGCGCAAAAAGAAAACCAUGAAGUUAUCGACACCAGCGAAAAAGUCCUUUCUUCGGAGACUCUUUGAAUAG